UUAGCGCACUGUCCACCUGAGCCAUGCAUGAAAACAUCAACAAGGAAGGAAGAAAAGGAGACGAAACCAGGAAAAGGACAUGAACCACAGAAGUCAUUCAGAGUGCAGUUGUUGGUAAGUUGUCGCCCAAAGCCUCUCAGAGCCCAGCUGCGGGGACUGCUCGCUUGGAAGAGAGACAGAUGAGACAGAGAAGGAUCUGUCCUCAGGUGACUGGCUCCAAGACGCACAUGUAGGACACAGGGACAGAUGGAAGUGGCUGUGCCUGGUAGCAGUGCAGGACCAUGCCUGUUGUAUUGAGUGUGCUUCUCCUCCUCUUUCAUCAGACCCUCCUACUGGGGAUGCUGUCUCCUCCACAGAAUGUGACGCUAACAUCUGAAAAUUUCCAUAUUCUCUUGGUGUGGGAGCCCGGUUCCGGCUCAGGCAAUGGCACCCAAUACGAGGUUCAAAGUUGCCAGCGCUCUUCUAACUGGACCAAAGUGGACACCUGUUGGAGGAACAGCACCAGAUCAUCGCACACAUGCAAACUGCACUUCGAAGACAUACACAAAAUGUACUGGGCCAGGGUGAGAGCCAUGGAUGGAGCCCAGAUGUCCGAAUGGGCCAUUUCCAAUGAACUACAACCGUACAGAGACACGAUUGUGGGUCCCCCGAUCCUGACUCUUAUGCUGGUGAAUGAGAAUCUGACCGUAAUUCUGUCCAUGCCACUCACCCCUUAUCGCAGGAGAAAUGGCACUUACAAGUCAGUCCAGAAAGUGCUACUGAACUGGAAGUACCGGAUCAGCCUUUCCGAAAAGGGUGUUCACAUCAACAAUGUGUCCUUUCAGCCAGAGGGCAAGAUAACUUCGCACACAUUUGAGUAUCUGAAACCAAAUACCGAUUAUUGUGUCACAGCCCGUGUGGUCAGACAGCAAAGCAAGGUGUCUGUGCAAUGUAUCAAGACUCCAGACAGUCCAGCAGAUUUCCUCUGGGACCUUGUUCUUGUUCUGGUUGCCCUCCUCAUGCUGCUUCUGCUGAGCGCCGUUUGCUUCUAUUUCCUCAAGCUCUACAUGUAUUCAAGCAUCUCGAAAAUGCCCUUCCCCAAAACACUGGCUAUUCUGAAUGAAGAGCUAAAUGUGAACCUCUGGAACAAAUCACUUGCCCAUGACCUCGAGGGUGCCUCUAUCACGCUGAUCUCAGUGGCUGGGCUUGCCUCCAGUGGUAACUCCCCAGUGGAGCAAGAAAGACUCCAAAUCCAGCUACUUCCGGAAGACUGCCAGGCCUGGAAGGAGGCAGGUUACUGUGCUAAUGGGUUUAGUCCAGGCUACUGUGAAAACGUGGUCUCUUCCAGUUCCUCGGGCCAGCUGGAGUUUGCUGGAACUGUAGACUCUGAAGCCCCCUUGUCAUCAGCAGGACAGAUGAAGGAUGGAUAUGCAGGUGAAGGGAACUACAGGACAGCUCUGGAGGCCCAGCUUCCCAUGGGCCAGUUGGUGUUUUCUGAGCAGCUACCUCCAGUGUCAGCAGCACUGGCCAGAGAUGGUUAUAUGAGUGACAGGGACUACCGGCCUUGCUCAGAGAUUCAAAUUCCUCUGCACCUCCAGGUUUAUUGCAAGUGCUCAUCUCCAGUAUCAGAAACCUGCAGUGUUUCACCACCAACCUGCAGCCUCAGGGACCUUAAAAAGAACACUGAUGGCAAGAGUAGAGGGUGGCCACCCAUGGACUGGGUUGAUAUUCCUCUCAGCUCUGUGAAACUGCAGGUCAAUGAAGAAACACAAAACUACCUUGCUCCUUUUCCCAGGCACUUGUACAGUCACACUGCCGAUAAGACAAUGAAGGACAGCAAAGCAGACUUGUCAAGGUUGGGUCAGAGUGAUGUAGAACAGCAUGAGUACCUACCUGUGAGCCAAGAGCAGCAUGGCCUCCCAGAGCACACAGAGCUUAGCGAUGACCCCAGUGGGGAGCCGUACCCAAAGACUGAUGACACUAAGAUCACGACUUUCUAUAGCUAUGAAUUACGCCCUCAAGUGCUUGUCCUGUAGCUAAUGAUGCUGGAGCUGGAAAGAAGACAUUAGUGUACAGGGAGAUUUCCCAUAUGUUUAUCCACGUGCAGGGGGUCUGAUUCUGGACUCACUUGUAGUGGUGUGAAUCAAGAUUGACUCCACUGAAGUGUUAUAUACAUAAAACCAGUAAGAUCAGACUCUGGAAUUAGGCUGAAACCAAAACCCUAGCUCCAUGAACCUUCACCUCUGAACAGCAGCCCCGCAGUUGGAAGUUCACUGCCCCAGGCGAUUGGACUUGGCUAAGUGACCAAUAGAGAUAGUUUGACCUGUGAAUUUAGAUACAGCCUUUUGGUUCAGGCCCACCUGCAAUAGAAACCAGCGGAGGCCUAUGGUUUUGUCUGAGUUUUAGUGUGAGUUUGUGGGUCCAUCUGAACCUGAAACUUAAGGAAAACAUAAGGUAUGUGAAACCCACACAAAGCAAAAAUAAGGGAAAGGCUCUGAGUGGUUCCUGAGACCUGAUCGACUCACAUUUCUCAUACAGCUUUAGUGACAGACAAACUAAGGGGGUGACUUUCUCUCUAGUAUAUGUAUAUAUCUGACAUGAAGCUGGAAACAUUGAAUGUACAUUGUAAGUAUCUCUUUCUUAGAACACUAAUUUAUUAUGGAAAUGUCUCUCUUUCAUGCUCUGUCUUCUGCGUCACGCAAGAUCAGUCCAGUUUUGCAUACAUUACACAAAGCUAUAAUAUGCUGCAGCAAAUGUAUGAGAAAUAUACUAGGAAAAUUGGGGGUUUCCCUAUGGGGAAAGGGAGCCACUUGCUUUUCAGAACCUGCUUUAUGUGUUGCCAUCACCUGUGAAAAGAUAGUUGUUUCAAUAACUGUUUUAUAACAACAGUUGGUUGGUUUUUAUUCCCUUCCCUGCUCCAGAAUUUUGCGGUUAUUUUGGGGUUAGAGUAAUGGGUUCUGUUAUCAUCUUUUGCUAACUAUCUGAUCUGUUUCUGAGGUUGCACUCCAGAUUAGCUCCAUGGAUGAAAUCCUUGCUCCACUGAUGUCAGAUUUCACCCAUGCUAUAUGCAAUAUGAACUUUGAUAGAUUGUAAGCCCUGGAGCAUAGUAAGGAGAUACCUGUCAACACCAGGCUGGUGGGGGAAAAUCCAAGAAGGCCCUGUGGAAGAAGGGGGCAGGGUAGAAAUGGUAUCAGAGAACAGGGGAGAAAGAAAAAUCCUGGCUGUCCUACGUUUUGUUGAUUCCCUUGUUUUAAUGAGAGUUUGCUGACUGAUGCAUGAGUCUUCCCCAAUAUUUGAGGUGACAAAAGCGCAUUCCUUCUCUGUAACCCUCUGUAGGGGCUUUGGGUGAAAACACCAUCUUAGCCUUAGGAACAGGGGCAUUCCGAAGAUGCUAUAUUAAUUGAUUCAUCAUCCUGCUCUCUGGCUUUCUCUUCUGCUCUGUCUGCCCCUUUCUCUCUGAAAGCCCUUUGUUCACAGAUGUACAAUUGGCACCUGGCUAUGUGGUUGGAAUGCCCUUUUCCACUGAUCUCCACAUGCAUUGAUACCAGGCCUCAUUUCAUUCUGAAAUCUGGGAUUAGCUGAUUCAUCUGAAGAACAUAUCGCACCAC